CAGAUAUUGGAUAUUUUACUUCUCUGUGCGAAUUCCUUUCUGUAUUAAUGCCCGUGAAGUAAGAGAAAUAAAAAUGGCUUCCUUUGUCAACCACUAUUGUACAAUUUGCAAUGAUGAUGAAAUAACGAAGAUAGCAGUAACGUGGUGCACCGAAUGCGAGGUAUUCUUUUGCGAAAACUGUGAAAAACCUCACAAAAGGCUGAAACUCUCGAAAAGCCAUAAAACCAUAUUAAUUGAAGAUUACCAAAACAUACCUACAUUCAUCAAAGAAAUUAGUAUCCAGUGCAAAGACCACAAGAAGAUGUUUGAACUUUACUGUUCUUUCCAUGACUCUCCCUGUUGUGUACAAUGCCUUACUGAUAAACAUCAAAGAUGUCAAGAAAUGAAACCCUUGUCAGAUAUCAUACAGCAAGUCAAAUCAUCUGCCUUCGGCCAAAACCUUGAAACAGAUUUGAAAGAUGUAAAGGAAAACUUAAUAAACUCAGUUAAAUACAUAAAAAGCAGGAUAAGUACAAAUAAUAUUCAAAAAACGAAAGCAGUUGAGGAUAUCCGGUUCAUGAGGAUGUCGAUUGAUAAUUACCUAAACCAGUUAGAGCAGAAACUACUCGAUGACUUGGAGUCUAAACAUUCAAAGCUGCAAUUAAGCAUGGACACUUUAGUACAACAAAUAGAACAGCGAGCAAGUCAAAUAGACCAAUUGCAGAGCAAGUUAACUGAUUUGAUACAAUAUGGAACUGAUUUACAAAUAUACAUUUGUUUGAUUGAUAUUGAUAAAUCGUCAUCACGAAUAGCCAAUUUCAUUGAAGAUUUGGAACGAGGAGAUAAUUUGAGCGAAAAGAAUUUGAAUAUUACCCUUUCAUCUGAUCUUCAAUCUAUUAUAGAAGAUGUUAAGUCAUUUGGGGAUAUUGCUAUUAGUAUAAGCCCUCCAACUCUACAAGUUAAGACCAGAAAAAAGGGCCAAGCGCAACAAUUAGUUCCAAACAUUACUGAUAUUGAACAAAUUAAGCCAUUUUGGAUGUAUGUAAUGACGAUUCCAAAAUUUCCUUUACUCAUUAAGGCUUGUGUAGUAUUACCUGAUGAUACAUUUAUGAUACUGGAAGAUAUGCAGCUACUACUGUUCAGUAACAACGUCUGCUUUGUGAGAAAAAUACAUACAUUCAGAGAUUGUCCGUAUGAUGCCUGUUAUGCUAGAACAAAUAUAGUGGCAGUAGCCUUAGGGUCAGCAAAAAAGAUCGCACUGGUUGAUAUAGAAAAGAAUAAAAUUAUCAAAAUAGUUAGAAUUUCUCAUAACUGUGAUGGAGUAGGAGUGGAUGAUAACAGGAUGGUCGUCAGCAGUGAUCAGAAAAGUACCUUAAUAAAUUUGCAUGACAUGUGCUGUACAAUCUUACAAGAAGUGAGAGCAAGCAAUAUAGCAUUAUUCAAAGGGAACAUCUAUGGUAUCCUUGAAAUAAACAAUGCAAGCAGAGUAAGCUGCUACAAAAAUAAUGGAGAACAUAUUUGGACAUUUACACACCAUGAGAUUGAUGGAGCUGUGGGACUAACAUUAGACAGGAAUGGAUUCGUUUAUAUAGCUUCUGCUAGUAACAACAGUAUCAUAGUAUUAUCACCAGACGGCAAAAGAAGUAGUUCAAUACUAUCUGAACACGACGGAAUCAAUUGUCCUAGUUCAAUAGAUAUAAACAAAGAAUCAGGACUGAUGAUGGUGUCAUAUGAUUUAAGUAGUUAUGGGGAUCUUGAGUCUUUUGAUUCAGCUUUUGUCUAUAAAAUCCCUAAUGUGUGAUUGUUUUCAUAUUGAAAAAGGUUUAUUAAUGCAAAGUAUUUAAUGCUAUCGAACAUUGUCCUCCUCUUUAUGUGACCACCGGCAAGUUAUUGAAAAUGCACAUUGUAUUCAUUUUAUAUGAAAUAAAAAGUAUAACAAAUAAUACCGAACUUCGAGGGCUGUUUAAAAAGUAGGAAGUACAUACAAACUGACAAAAUCAAACGUUGUAUCAAAUAAAAUAUUUUCAUAAUACUGUA